AUGUACCAAGUGACAAACCCCACCAUCCAUCACAACCUUGAGCUCUCUCCAACUCUCGACAAUGCCACCCAAGACCAAAGUCGUCCCCAAGCUGCUCCAGAAUCCCCCCCAGACACCAUCGCACAGCGCUCAGAGCAACGGUUUUUCCAAACCAAUCCCGUUGAGAAGCGUCGUCAGCAAGUCGGCCUAUCGUCUCUGACACCCGCUGAGAAGAAGACAUACGCACACGUUCACCUUAUACAUCCCGCCGUCAACCGCCGCGUGCCCUUCUCCAACAAGACAGAACGCGAGUUCUGGAAGUUCGUCACAAAAGAGGGUCUUCCCAUCCGCAGACUCCCUCGCAACUACGCCUGGGGAACAGACCGCACAGGCAGAGGCAUUGGAUCCUAUUCGCCCGACGAGCUUGAGCAACGCAGUCUUAAGCACGCAAAGCUCGCAUCGCUCCAAAUCCAACACCGCCAGUUCCUCAGCAAGCGUGAGAAGCAGCACGAAAUAUCCGCCGAGGACAUCACCGCUGAAAAGACGAGGAGAAGAGCCAUGGCUGCGCUAAAAAGGGACUUGUACGGCGAGAUCACGGGUACUCUGGCGAAAGAUCCUGAGUGGGACGACGUGAUCCCCAUUCCGCAAAACGAGCCCGAAGGCGCCCUCGCGCAGAUUGCCUACCCGGACGACUAUGCCGAGGCCGUCUCCUACCUCCGCGCCGUCAUGGCCGCGGACGAGUGCUCUCCUCGAACUCUGCGCCUGACUGAGCACGUCAUCUCCAUGAACCCAGCGCAUUAUACUGUCUGGUUGUUCCGCUUCAAGAUUAUUUCCGUUCUCAAGCUCAGCAUCCCUGAUGAGAUCGAGUGGCUAAAUGAGGUCGCCUUGGCAAACCUCAAGAAUUAUCAGAUCUGGAACCAUCGUCAGCUCCUCAUGGACUACUACUAUCCUAUUAUAGAAGAAGAAGAUCAGACCAUCCGAAAACUUGCUCGUUCUGAGACCCAGUUUAUCACCCGCAUGCUGGAUGCGGAUGCUAAGAACUACCAUGUUUGGUCGUACCGCCAGUAUCUCGUCUCAAAGUUGUCCAUGUGGACCAUGAGCGAGCUUCUUUCCACACAAAACCACAUCGAGGAGGACGUGCGAAACAACUCGGCCUGGUCGCAUCGCUUUUAUCUCGUUUUUUCAGACCCGACAGCUUCCACGCCUGGAUCUGGUCCCACUGACGCAGACCCCCGUGUUCCAGCAGAGACGCUCGACCGUGAGGUCAACUACUGCAAAGAAAAGAUCAACCUUGCACCACAAAAUCAGUCCCCUUGGAACUAUCUCUUUGCCAUCCUGGCCAAGGGUGCUCGUCCCCUAUCUUCUCUCCAAGAGUUUGCUGAGAGCUUCGUUAGUGCACUAGGCAAAGAUGUAGAGGAGGUGCGUAGCUCUCAUGCUCUUGACUUUCUGGCCAAGCUCUACGACGAUGAGGGCGAGAGGGAGAAGGCAGAGCUGUGCCUGCGCCGUUUGGGCGAGAAAUGGGACCCUGUACGUGAAGGAUACUGGAAAUACCGAGUGCAGCUUUUGAAGAGUGGUGCAAAGGAGUAG